AAUUGCAAAGUAAAAAUGGCGGCGAUAGAUAUCGAGCGUAUGAAAAUGGAAACUUCAAUACGUAACCUAAAGCUGUCAGACCAUGUUGGAUUCGACAGUUUACCGGAUCAACUUGUCAAUAAAUCUGUACAAAAUGGAUUUUUAUUCAAUAUUUUGUGCAUUGGUGAGACGGGAUUGGGAAAAUCAACGCUAAUGGAUUCGUUGUUCAACACCAACUUUGAAUCAAAUCCAAGCCCCCAUAAUUUGCCAGCUGUUAAAUUAAAAUCCAAUACUUACGAGCUCCAGGAGGGCAACGUGAGGCUAAAGUUGACUCUGGUGGACACUGUCGGAUACGGAGAUCAAAUAAACAAGGAAGACAGCUUUAAAGCCGUUGUUGAUUACAUCGACGCUCAGUUUGAAGCCUAUUUACAAGAGGAGCUUAAAAUAAAAAGAUCACUCUCGACUUAUCACGAUAGCCGUAUUCAUGUUUGUCUUUAUUUUAUUUGUCCAACUGGUCAUGGGCUCAAAUCGAUUGAUUUAGUAUGCAUGAAGAAAUUGGACACUAAGGUUAACAUAAUCCCGAUAAUUGCUAAAGCUGACACUAUUUCAAAGACUGAAUUACAGAAAUUUAAGGGUAAAAUAAUGUCGGAGCUGCAGAAUAACGGAGUGCAUAUUUAUCAAUUUCCAACAGACGACGAGAGUGUAACGGCGGUUAACUCAUCAAUGAACGGAUUGCUGCCGUUUGCGGUGGUGGGUAGUACGGAAUUCGUACGUGUUGGGAAUAAAAUGAUGCGGUCACGUCAGUAUCCUUGGGGUACUGUCCAGGUUGAAAAUGAAUCGCACUGUGAUUUUGUUAAAUUACGUGAAAUGCUUAUCAGAACGAAUAUGGAAGACAUGCGUGAAAAAACUCACUGUCGUCAUUAUGAGCUUUAUCGCAAAAAACGUUUGGAACAGAUGGGAUUCAGUGAUGUUGAUCAUGAUAACAAGCCAAUAAGCUUCCAACAAACAUGUGAGUCUAUGAGAACAGCGCAUUUGCAAGAGCUACAGCAAAAAGAAGAUGAAAUGCGUCAAAUGUUUGUCGCACGUGUUAAGGAAAAGGAAUCUGAAUUGAAAGACGCUGAAAAAGAACUGCACAAUAAAUUUGAUAAAUUGAAAAAAGAUCACAUGGACGAGAAGAAAAAAUUAGAAGAGAGUCGUAAAAAAUUGGAAGACGAUAUCUCUGAAUUCAACCGACGCAAAAUCCAAAUAAAUCAGUCCCACCACACACUGACUCUCGGUAAAAGUAAAAAGAAAUAA